AUGGCAGACAAGGAAGCCCCUUCCCCCCUUGACCCUGCCCGUCAAGCAGGCGGGGGUGUGUCAGGCGAGGAUCGUCACAUCAAGGAGGUCAACUCUCAGAUUUUGGGCCAUCUCGAGCAGAUAUUCAAUCGACAUGCAGGGCCGGGCAAGACCUGGAAGAAGGACCAGAUCAUUGCCUUUCUGCACCACAUCCAGGCCGAUUCUGUCACUGCCCCCUCUGGCGAUAUCGCAACCAAAGAGGAACUGGAUCUAAAUGGAUUCCUCCAUUACAUGACCUCCACGGCUGCCAAUGCACUGGCGCCACCUCUGACAGAUGACCUAUCCUGGCCUUUCAGUUCAUACUUCAUUAGCUCCAGCCACAACACCUAUCUGACGGGCAACCAGCUAUACAGUAGUUCCAGCACGGACGCAUACACCAAUGUACUCGUGAGAGGCUGCCGCUGUAUCGAAAUUGAUGUCUGGGACGGUGACGACUCCGACUCCGAGUCGUCGUCGGAUGAGAGCAGCGACGAGGAGUACGUGGAGAAGAAGGCGAUCAAGAAGUCGAGCCGAAAGGAGCGGCUAGCCAAGAAGCUCCCUGGAUCCAUCACCAGCCGGCUCGAGAAAACAUCACUGGGUAAGAAGCUCGAGAAGUAUACCAGCAAUGACAAGGAACCGGAGACUGCGGGAGGUGGUCCCGGCAAUAAUUCCACUGCGCCCAAGUCCACCGAGACGCCCUCGAACAAGGAUAAUGGCUCUCAGUCGGAUCUCUCGUUGACCAAGUCAUCCACACCUCAAGCAUUCGCUGUGGAGCCACGGGUCCUCCAUGGCUACACACUCACCAAGGAGGUGUCGUUCCGCGCAGUCUGCGAGGCAAUCAAGAAGAGCGCCUUUGCUGUCACCGACAUGCCGCUGAUCGUGAGCCUCGAGGUGCACUGUUCUGCGCAACAGCAGGAGGCCAUGGUCACCAUCAUGAAUGAGGUGUGGGCUGGCAUGUUACUAUCGCCGCCCCAAGAUGAUACUCGCAUCCUACCGUCGCCUGCCGAGUUGAAAAACAAGAUCCUCGUCAAGGUAAAGUACGCGCCGCCUGGACAUUCGGGGGCAACCACGACGCCGGAUCAGGAUAGGCUACCCCCGGAAGCGCAAUCAAACCCUCAGGAUCCCGCCGCCGCCACCCAGAAAAAGAAGCCCUCCAAGAUUAUCGAAGCCCUCAGCCAGUUUGGUGUCUACACUCGCGGCGUCUCUUUCAAAUCUUUGAGCCAGCCAGAGGCUGCGAUGCCCACACACAUAUUCUCCCUGUCCGAGAGCGGCGUCAUGGAGGUCCACGAAAAGCAAGCUCCAGAUCUGUUCAAGCACAAUCAGGACUACAUGAUGCGCACAUAUCCAUCCGGGAUGCGGAUCGGCUCAUCAAAUCUUGACCCCCCGGUGUUCUGGCGGAAAGGCAUCCAGAUUGUCGCCUUGAACUGGCAGAAAUGGGACGAGGGCAUGAUGCUCAACGAAGGCAUGUUCGCAGGCACAGGGGGCUAUGUACUGAAACCCGAUGGCUUCAGAGGGAAGAAACCGCUGGCAACCAGUGACCAUCUCCCUGGAACGACGUCUAAGGGUGACGUUAUCACGGCCCCACUCGCAACGCCUCGGAUCCUCAGUCAUACAUUGGAUCUCAAGAUAUCCGUGCUCGCUGCCCAGAAUCUACCUCUUCCCGAGAAGGACGACAACCCUUCCAAGUUCAAGCCUUAUCUGAAGAUCGAGCUCCAUACGGAGCCGCACCACACCCAACUUGCCAAGCUUCAGCAGUCUGGAAAGGCCAAGGAGGGCGAAUUCAAGGCCAAGACGAAGACAAUGAAGGGUGUUGACCCCGACUUCAAGGGCGAGGUGCUCGAGUUCAAGCAGGUUGAGGGAGUUAUGCCAGAACUGACCUUUGUCCGUUUCCUGAUCAAGGAUGACGAGAUCGGACGUGACAGCUUGGCGGCGUGGGCGUGUAUCCGACUGGAUCGCCUGCGCAGUGGAUACCGCUUCGUCAAGUUCAUGGAUAAUGAUGGCGUGGCUAGCGAAGGGGCAAUACUGCUCAAAGUAGAGAAGAAGUUGACGUAA